GUGCGCUGCUGGCGGGGGAGGCGGAGGGAAGAUGGCGGGCGGCCGUGGUUCGUGAGGCGGCGGCGGCGGCGGAACUUGCCGGGGCCAGGAGGACGAGACGGGCAGCGAGGUGUUGGUGGGGCGCGGAGUCCUGAUACGAGAGGCUGGCUGGGCGCCUUUCAGCAGGACGCAGCCAUGGCCACAGAAAUCGGCUCCCCGCCCCGGUUCUUCCACAUGCCGCGGUUCCAGCACCAGGCGCCGCGGCAGCUCUUCUACAAACGGCCGGACUUCGCGCAGCAGCAGGCCAUGCAGCAGCUCACCUUCGAUGGGAAACGCAUGAGAAAGGCUGUCAACAGAAAGACCAUAGACUACAAUCCUUCUGUCAUCAAAUAUUUGGAGAAUAGAGUAUGGCAGAGAGACCAACGAGAUAUGCGAGCGAUCCAGCCCGAUGCAGGAUAUUAUAAUGAUUUGGUCCCUCCUAUAGGAAUGCUGAACAACCCUAUGAAUGCUGUGACAACAAAAUUUGUUCGGACAUCUACUAAUAAAGUAAAAUGCCCAGUGUUUGUUGUCAGGUGGACUCCUGAGGGGAGACGCUUGGUCACUGGUGCAUCUAGUGGGGAGUUCACUUUAUGGAAUGGACUGACUUUCAAUUUUGAAACAAUAUUGCAGGCUCACGACAGCCCUGUAAGGGCUAUGACUUGGUCACACAAUGAUAUGUGGAUGCUGACAGCAGACCACGGGGGAUAUGUGAAAUACUGGCAGUCCAACAUGAACAACGUCAAGAUGUUCCAGGCACAUAAGGAGGCGAUUAGAGAGGCCAGUUUCUCACCCACGGAUAAUAAAUUUGCUACAUGCUCUGACGACGGCACUGUUAGAAUCUGGGACUUUCUACGUUGCCAUGAGGAGAGAAUUCUUCGAGGUUUUAACAUGCUUCAGGAAAUGCACACUAUUUGGAUUGGAAAGGUUUUAUAUUUAGUGGGUCUUUUUUUUAGAGAUGAUAAAUAUUUGAUCAUUCCCUAGUAACUAAUAGUAUAUUAGAUGUAGUCAUCACUGAAGUUUCAGAACUUUCUGUGUCCUCCAAGCAUUAAAACUUUGUUGUAAAUGAGAUGGAAGGUGUGGUCGUGUGAUGUCAGCAUCUUUGAAGCUCCUGCUGAUUAUGUAGUGAGGUAAACCAAUACCUACAGCUAUAGAUAUAUAUACACUGUAUAUAUAUAAUUACUAUAUUUGCAUAUAUAAUUUUUAUAUAAACAUCUAUAAUGGUCCCAGUGGCACAUUUUAUCAUCUUAAUCCUCGUUUCGUGCUCUCUUUUAUGUUUCAAAAUUACGCAGUCUUGAAGAAGACUCUGCAGGUUGUGUUGUAAAGCUCUAAAGCCCAUGCACAUUAAAUUGAAAGUGUUUGCUUUAAAAUAAAAAAGAAAAAGCAAAAAGUGAUUUAGGUAGAUGCUUUACUCCUUGGACUAGGGCAGCCUAGGUUUGUCUGUGUGCAUCUGUGUUCCUCUAGAUCACAUUCCCAGCUUCUCCAAAGACUCUGUAAGUAGACCUGCUGUGUUCACACAAAUAAACCUUUACAUCCAGGUGAAAUGGGUGUUAGACAAUCUUUUUUCUUCUUUUUCUUUCAAGUAAGAGCUGGUCUACAGAGUAUAUUUCAUUGUUCAUUCCCACACCUGUUCCAGGUCUUGACUGUAAUGUCUAAACUAAAAUUAAUUUCUGAGUUUAAGCAUUCUAACAGAAGAAUGCAUUUUACUAAAUAUUAUUUUGAGACUGCAGUCAUCGCAAAAAAUACUAUUUUUUACUAAAAAAAAUAAUAAAUUUUAUAUUUUAGAAGUUUUUUUGUCUUAAAACAUGAGAAGUGCAGGCCAGAUUUGUCUUGGUGUAAACUCUAAACUGAGUUUAGAAAGAAGUAACUACACAUUUCAAAACUUGUAGACAAAAUUCUCCCAUUUGAAUUGUAAUUAAUCAAGAACAAGGUACAGUUGCACAUUGAAAAAACAAUCUGGACAGCUGUGAAGCAUAUUUCUAUAUAGCAUAGGUGCUUCUAAUUGUUAGCAAGAUAUCUCUGUUUUCUAAGGAUUAACUGAGUCUGCAGCUGGAUAGAGUGCUGGGUGUUACUGCUUGCUGUUUAUUCCUGGUCAAGAAGCAUCCUGCCUUUUUUCAUCUGCCUUCUGUUCUUUCUUACCCAUGCAUAAUUCAUACGCAGAAAUAGUGUUUUUAAUUAGACCAGCUGAUACAGUGAGAGAAAAGAGUAGGGUUUUGUUGUUUGGUUCUGGGGGUUUUUUUAAAGGCUAAACUAGCCCUUCUUUAAGGAUGCAGGAACUUGCUUAUUUUAGUUCAUUUGAUGUAGUUGGAUAAUAAGAUGGCUUUUCCCUGCAGAUCUUUCUUUAUGCCCUUAAAUCUUCAAGCAACAACAACUCUUUGUUGCUUCCCUAGCAGGAACUCGCCUACUUAAAAUGACUGUAAGAGGUUUUUUUCUCUUCAGCUGUGCAUACAUUCUCAAAAGCAUUAUUCUCUUGGCUGCUUUGCUAAAUUUAGCCCUUAGGAAUAUUGAUAAUAUUGAUGAAUAUGGAUUACUCUUGUUUACCACUCUCCUUCUGGAAGUCCCUCUUCUCCAGAGAGUUACAAGUGAGCACACGGUGUUACAGUUAGGAAUGCAAAAAGCUAAAUUCAAUGAGACAGUUCUUUCAUUACAUUUAAUUAUUCCACAGUUAUUCUUUGGAGUUCUUUGGGAAAAGGUAGGUUCUUUGUUUCACACUACUCCUAGUUUGUCAGGAAUAUCCCUUGCUUCUGAACGAAUGAAGGAAUAAAAGAUCUUUCCAAUCACCUAUGCAAGCAUGUUGGAGGUGUCAUUUCUGUAUUGCGUAUUGCAUUUGCUGGCAGUUUUAAACAGGACUUUUCUAAAAAUGCAGCCAGGAAUUUUUGAGCUUGCAUUCAUUUAGAAUUCCUGUGGUCACAUAAAACUGGAGCAGUGGAGGCUUUAAAUAGCAGGUGCACUCCUGCCAGCCAUGUUUGGAGGGAUGCAGCCUCCCCUUCCUGGCUGGAAAACACAUCCUGCUUGCUCCCAGGCUUUGCACACGCUGCCUGAUGCUCUCUCACUGCUGUUUGCUUUUCUCUGCAUCAUGGAAUUCUUGGAGGACUAUCCAGGCUGUCCAUAAGAGCAUUGAGUGUGUGUGUUUCAGCCUGCAAUUUCAGCACAAGGAUGUCUGUUCCUAGUAAGCUUGGUUAGAAACACUGGCAGUUAAUCAGUGUUUUGCACAAUGGUUGAAGCUGCAUUAUUUCUUGCACAACUCUGUUGUCUCAGGUAUCCUCGCUUCCACAGGUGUAGUAAAUCACAGUAAUUCACUGAAAUUCAAAGAAGGUUCUAAGUCAUGUGGCUUUAUUCCACUAAAGUAAUUUACUAGGUAUUGCACAAGUUAUUUUUAACGCAUUGCACAAUAUUUAUUUACCAAAUUAAUGACUUGUUCCAACAGAAUGUUGGUAUUUGAAUAAGUUUUUUUUUUUAACUUAUAGUAAGAUGGAAUAAUUUACUUGGUAAGUAAGUUUACUUCAACUUACUUUGCAAAUAAAGGAAUAGGCAUGAGACAAUUUUUCUGAGAAAUACUUAAAAGCAGCAAUUAUCACAAGUAUCUAACAAGCAUAGUUCAUUAUUGGUAUAUGAAAGGGAACAGUGUGGGGACUUUAAAUUAGAAUUGAAUUUGACAUAAAGUGCCAUAUUAAAAAUCUUAGAAAUUGAUGUUGCAUUUAUUAGACAUGUAGGGUAUCAGAAUAUUUUUCCUGAUAGAUCUACUUCUUGCAGUCCUUGCACAAAAAGGACUCAAGCUUAGGAGUGAGGAGGUAAUUAAUUUUCCAGUUUGUUACAGUCCAUGGCUCUUGGGUGCCAGUCACUGUGGACUGAACAUCUGCAGGGCUGGGAAUGGUCACCCAGAUGGUUAAGGUGAUGUGUUCUGCUCACCAGAUGUUUUGUCCUAAUUCUAGUUCCAGUCAGCCUGAACAAAUGACUUUCUAGUGAAAAAUGAUAAAUUGCACUAAUAAUUCUGAAAAUCUAUCCCCCUCAAAAAAAAAAAAAAAAGGAGUUUAAUUCACACAGGAGCAGAAAAGGUUUUACUCAUUUCUACAUAAUAGCAGGAAUAUUUACUGCUUCUUUGGCAUGUGUGAGAUGCAGACUGCAGAAGUAAAUCGCCAGUGGUUUCUGUGAGAGGGUCAGUGAUCCAAGGGCACAGGCUCUGGGGCUGUUGUGAGAUCAGGGCACUGCUGCUGGGGUGAUCCAUGGCCAGCAGAUGAAGCUCCUGUUCCUAGAGCCAGGUGUUCCCAGCCUGCUGUACCUCUCCCCAGUGUAGUGCUUCUUGCAACUGCUUCAUGGCACAUUGACUUGUAAAACUGCAUCUUGCUAGCAGCAGAUAAUUCACAUGGGAGUGGGUAUUCAGAAAACAGACCAGCCUAAUGAAGGUGUAUUUUGUGUACUAAAACAGUAACUGUAUUUUAUUUGCACUGAAAAUAAACUGUUGACAUGGGAUUAUACCUGUUAAAGCUUCUUUUUUUAUUUUUUUUUGUUAACUUCUUAAGGUUAAAAAAGCACUUUAUUCCCCAAUACAGAGUUGCUGUAUUAAGAGAAAUAUUAAAAGAAUCAAAAUGUAAAUUUGGCAGUACUGUUAACUUGCAUCAUUUUGCAAACAAAUAUAUUUGGUUUUUUUCAGUUUCCUCAGUGGAUUACUUCAGUAGCAAUGACAUGCUCUUACCUAGUCUUUCUUAAACAGAAAUUAUACCAUGUUCUCUGUGCAAUUUUAUUUUACAGAAGAUUUCUAAAGUCCAACUUCCUAGAAGAUAAAUCCUGUAUUUUCUCAUUCCUCAGCUUAGUUCUAGACAUCACUCACAGCACUGUAAAAGGUGUUUUAUUUGAAGAGCACAUAUCAGUUCUGCUCCAGGUCAGGAGAGCAGCCUCAUACUGGCCAUGACCUCCCCCUCACUAUUUUUGUGCUUAACCUCCUUCCUUCUGCCUGUUAUUUUCCAAACAUGUACCCUCUUCCCAAGAACACUUGGUUUUUAGCAGCUUCAUCAAUGGACCCAGUUCAUUGUGGUUAUGGGAAUUGGUUUGUCUGUUUCUGAGACUGGAAACAUAUUUUUUAUUUUCCUCCUUUUGCCGUGUGUAAGAUGAAAAAUUUUAAAAGCUGCUACAGAAAGCACUGAGAGAAAUCAAAAGAAUCCUUAGGAAAAAACUUCUUCCUGAAUCACAUGGUAAACACUUGUUCUCUUUUGCCUUUAAUUUUAAAUUGAUAAUAUAGUUGGUGUUUUCUUUUGGUGGUUUGAGCCACAUUUUUUACACAGCUGUAGAUGAUUUGAAGUUUAGCAAGUAUCUUUUGUGGUGCUUUUUUUAUAUAACAAAUACUCCAAAAUCCAGGUCAAUAAAGCCCCAUAGAUAACUUGUUAAUAUUUCCAACUUGUAUUUCCAGAAUGGUGCUAAUUAAAAUCUCUGGCACUAAUAUUCCUCUUGUUGUGCUCAUCCCAUAUCAAAGAAGACUGAGUUAAAAUUCUGCAGGCAAGAUCAUUUUUUCAGAAAAACCAAAAAGUUUCUUUUUCCUUAGUCUUGAAGAAGAGAUAGUCAAACUUCUUUUUUUUUCUUCUGUGUGCACUUAAAGAUAGAUGGACAUUCUGUGUCUUGGAUUCUUUUGUCCAUGUAAUUUGACUUUUUAUGUAUUCUGUAUAAUUUGGGCUCUAUGUCUUGUCUAGAAUUUUUUUAUAAAAUUUCAGGUUUUUUAAAGCUCUCUAAUAGAUUUAGUUCAAAAAGUACUUCAGACUAACUCAGUUUUUCUCUGAGUGGAAGAUUUUUGACUAGCAAAGUUUCUGUUUAUGUAAUUGGAAAAUUUUAAUUUUGAAAUACUAGACAAUGCAUCUGGUGCUAACAUGGAGGGGUGUGCAAUAACAGCGAGGAGCUGUUGUUAUAGCAUUGGAAUUGAAUAUUUUUCUGUUUCUGAGGAGUAAUUUUCCUGUUCUAUUCAACAUUUUUUCUUGUGGAAGUUAUGAUUACUUCAUGAGAACAUAUCACUGCAGUUACAGUUGCAGUAGGCUUUUUUCCUGUCAAAUUCUGCAUAAUUUCUUUAUCUUAUUUUGGGAAUUUGUAGCAUUCUGCUGGGUACAUGUCCCUAUGGAUUCAAAUACAAAUUCAGUUAUAGCAUGAAUCACAGAGGGGAACAAUAUUCAUGUCUUGGCUGACGUUUUUACUCCUUUGAGGCUGGCAGUGGAACAAAACUAGCUGGUAGUGACUUCCAGAAGCAGAGGGUUGGAAGAAUUAUUGAGUCUAUCCACAGCCUGAUGUGGAGGGAUGUGUUUGAUUCCUGUAUCUGUUCUGGUCUUGAAAGAAGAGUCUUUUAUUACACUGUCAUAGGAAACCUGGGUCACACCUAUUUUUUUUUUUUACAUUAAGAAGUAGUAGCAGCAGUUCUUUUUUCCCCCUGCACAAAUGCAGAUUUAAAAUGUGCAUGCAAAAUGUGAUUUAAAAAUCACAUCUCUCCUGUUUUGUUCACAUCUGCUUGUGAAAUCAGUAAAUGAAUCUGAGGACAGGAUUUCCCACAAAUUGUUGCCAGCACUUUUGUUUGGAAACCCACUUUGAUGGGUUGAUACCCCCUUUGCCUUUCUUCUCAUGCCCAUAUACAUUAUCUUUACAUGUUCUCCAUACUUCUUCCCCCUGGUUUGGAUAGAUCUGGAUUACUUAAGUAUUAUUUGGAUUGUUUUAUCCCAUUUCUUCCUGUUGACAACUCUCCCUUUCUUUGUUAGUUAUUUUGCACAAAAUCCCUGGUAAGUUUUGAACACCAUAUUUUUCCCUGUCUCUUUCUUCAGUCAUAUGUGAAGAGCUUUAUUUUCCAUCUGUUCAUGUGCUUGUAGAAUUUAAAAUGAUACACGGGGACACAUGGAUUUUAGAGAGCUUUGUAGUUAUCCAUGCUGCAAAACAGUUGUUUCAUAAAGGACCUCUUUUCAGAAUUAAAAGAGAAAUAAAAAAAAUUGCAUUUCUUUACUUAAUUAGGAGCUGCAGUGUUGUUUUGAAAUCUGAAAGAGGAAAAGGUGUUCUUAAAUUUCAGAAUUAUUAGAUGGCAAGAAAGGGAGGACUGGGAGUGUGGUGGCAAUACAGGAAAGUCAGGAGAAGAAGAGGAAAUAAGAGCACUAAUGGUGCAGAAGUUUCAAUUAAGACUGAAAAUGUUCUUUUUUUUCUGUCUCUUCACCUGACCUCGUCUCUGCUGCUUAAAAUUUCAACCAAAAUUUUAGUUUUCUGUAACAAUAUUCAAAUCUUUGUUUGUCUCCUGCAUUUCAAUUGCACUUUUUCACUGAGAUUGGUUUUUUGUUUUGGUUUUUUUUUGCUGUGUUUUUUUCUCAUUAGCCCCAAGAUCACAGCUAAAUUAGACAGGACUGUGUAAGAGUGUGAUAUUACAUGUGGUAAUUACAUGCCAGAUUUUUUUCUGUUUCAGUUCAUGCUAUCCUGUUCAUUGGGAAGGGUUUCCAUCCCCAUAGUCUUUCAGCCCUUUUGUAUUUCAGUUACUUGAACAUUGUCCCUUUCUGCUUGAGAUGAGAAUUCUGUCUGCUCAGAGAGAGCAGUGCUCUGUAACUCAGUUUAUUUCAGUAGCCCUGCUGCUUCCCACUUAAGCUCAGCCUUGGUGGCAUUGCAAAAUGCAAAGAGCAAAUUUACUGACCUCUAUCUUCAUAUCCCUUCUUGGAUCUUUUACACUUGCUAAUUGGAUUAUUGACUGACACAGAUAUUUUCCUACAGUCUUUAUAAAGUGUGAUAAUCUUUCUGUCAGCCUCCUCACCUCACCCCAGGCUUGCUGCUGUUCAUGUACUACUGGGAGUAUUGUCAGCCAUCCAGUUUUUGCCCUACAACCAAAGAAAACAGUUUCCCCAGCUUCUGUGUUCCUCAACUCAGUAUGUCUUUGCUUGAGAUUAUAGCGGGCUCAUAAUUAUGAGACGUUUUGUAAUGGUAAACUGGGUGUCAGAAGUACUUACAUGUAUUUUUUGGCUAGAAAGAAGAAAAAUAGCUUUCCUGCAAAAGUGCUGUCCCUUAACGUGAGCACCUGGCUGGACAAGUGUUCACCUGGGUCUGGCCAGAUGAUCAUGGCUGUCUUUAAAAGUAAUUUACUUUACUGACAGUUGAUGGUGCUUCUCUCAAAGGGAUGUUAAAAAGGUAGGAGGUUACCCUGUCGUCUUAACCAUGAAAACACAUUGAAAGCUGUUCUUCCAGUUAAAGAAUAUCAAGUUGAGUGAAAGAUCUUGGUAGUCCUUCUGUGCUUCUGGGUGUUUUUAUUAAAAGAUUCUGUGUUCACUUGGGAGUAAGGGUAUAUCAAGUUGUAUAAAAGACUUCUUGUAACUUCUUUUACUGAGAUCCACAAACACUUUUCUUAGUUUUUUUGUAGCUUGCUGAGAGAAUUCUCUGGUCAUGUGGCUACACAGGGGUUUGAAACUUGAAUUAAUCUCUAAACUAGGUAUAUGGGCUGUUCUUUUCUCAUGCAACAGCCAUAAUCAGCAGCAGAAUUCUAGUGAGCAUCCAGCAUCCAGUUAAAGGAAAUAAUUACUGGAAAUUAUUACUAAUGGUUACUCUUAGGUCUUCUGGAAGUCUUUGUUCUCUUCAUGGAGCUGGGAGCUAAGUAUUCUGAUUUUACCACUUAGAACCUUGACCAAAAUUUUGGUCAAAGCAGAGAGCUAGAGGCAAGGAGGUACUAAACCCUGCAGUGUCUGCCCUGAUUCCCUUCCUUUCCCCUCUGUUAUAACUAACUUGCCAGGCUGAAUUUUAGGAUGCACCAAAGUUUCUUCAUUAGCUUCAAUUUCAAAAUGCAUCUAAAUUGAUACUGUGGUUUUGACAUUCCUUCUUAGCAUUAAUUACUGUAGUUUCAAUAAAACUAUCUGACUUUGCUUAGUGAUGUUACACAGGUGUAACAGGCAAAGGCUUGGCAAAAGUGUGCUUGUGAAAAGGCUGGGGGGUUUUGUCUCCUUAUUGGCAGGAGGUAACCACACCAAAUCACCAUUCUCAGGAAUUAACAACCAGAACUAGAUUCUUAGUAUGUGUUUAGGAAACCCAGUUGAAGCUACUCUAGGCUGAGUUCAUCUCAAAAUCCCAUCAGUUGCUGGAAGCUUGGCUUCAGGCAUCAGAUUUUAACUCAGGCCUCAUUUUGUUCUUGAUUCAUAAAAUACAAGUGUAUGUUCUGUCUGUAGUUACUUUGACAUGAACUAUCACUGUGAGGCUUCAAAUUAUUUGGUAUUCUAAUCAAAUUCUUUUAUUCUGGUUUGGCUUUUUUUAAGUUGAUGGUACAGGCUAUAAGCAGACUCCAGAACACUUGUUUGGCUCAUGUUUAGAGGACUUGAAUGGGAAUGUUUCAUGUGAAAAAUAUUUUGGUCUGUUUUUACAAAAUAAUAUGCCACCCAGCAAUUUGACUGUACUCAGAUAAAAAGCCACAAAGCUCUGGAAGCUACAGACUCAUGAUUGACAAAAUAAUUGAACUUCUCAUCUGUUAAGUUCAUGUUUUUUUUGGCAUGGAAGGAGCAGGCGUUGUUCCACUCUUGGGCACAGCUGUACUUGUCCCUGCUGUAUUUCCCUGUUCUGUGCCAUGCUGUGUUAAAUGAGCUUUGUCCUGUCUGGUGGCUCCAUCCAUUCCUUAGAGGCAGUGCCAGCUUUGUCACAUCCAGUGACCAGUGCCAGGGACUUUAAAGAAGGUGCCAGAAAACAAGCAGUAUAAACUGUGGGACACUCUUACUGAGGGACUGGGGGUUUGGCUCCUGUCAGAUGUUGGUGUUAAUGAAGCAUGAGAGAUUUUCUUACAAUUGCUGUUCAUUUUUAAUGUUUCUUGUAACAUAUUUUUCUUCUCAUUAAAUGUAAAUGCCCUUGUAAAUAAAUAUUUUCUGUCAAUGAAAA